AUUUCCCUUUCUCCCUCUCUCUCCCUCACGCUCUUCCAUCCUCCCUUCAAAGCCAACUUCUUUUCCCUCGUUUGAUUUUCCCUUUUGUCGACAUCAUCGUACGCUAGUCCUACGGUUCACUCCUUCAUACUACCUACCUAGUCUCUCCUUGACCUACGCCUCCCCUCGAGAACCCCCCUAUAAUUGUGCUUGUACUCCGAACUCAACCUGAUCUUCCCCGUACCUGGUAGUCUCCGGUCGAACCAUCCUCCUCCGCUACCCUUGAGCUCUGCAUUCCUUGAAUCUGUCCCAGUCUCGACCCCUCCAAGGAGAACCUUAUCAGAUCCCCCCCAUUGCCUCGAAAGCUCCCCCUUCACCCCAGACCACGUUCUCGACAAAGCACACGGUCUGUGCGCGACGUGCAUGAGGCUACCACCACCGAUCCUGUCUCGAACCCCCCUCCUCCUCAACAACCCUUUGUCAAGAUGCGGCGCAGUCUGCUGGUGUUCCUCCUGGUUGCCGUCAUAGUAUUGACUCUCCUUCUACACUCGGUCUCGACCCUUCUCUCCCUGCUCAUAGAAGACGCGUCCCGAGAUGCCAUCCACAGAUCAGAGCUGCCCGCGCCCAAUUCCACGCUCCUCGAAAACCGCCCGCACUUGAUCCCCAAGAUCAUUCAUCAGACAUACAUCAACGCAUCCAUCCCUGCUCACUGGGUCCCCGCCCAGAAAUCAUGUAUAGACCUGCACCCGGACUACGAGUACAUAUUAUGGACGGACGAGAAAUCUCUCGAUUUUAUUGCCAAGGAAUAUCCAUGGUUCUUGUCGACGUUUGUCGGGUAUAGACACAACAUUCAACGGGCUGAUGCGAUUCGAUACUUUGUGCUGGCACACUAUGGUGGCGUGUACCUCGACCUGGACGACGGCUGCCAGAGGAGGCUUGACCCGUUGUUGUCGUACACGGCGUUUGUACGGCGGACAGUUCCUACGGGCAUCAGCAACGAUGUCAUGGGCUCGAUCCCGCAACAUCCCUUUUUCUUGAGGGUGAUGGAGUCCCUUCAAGGGGCCAACAGAUCCUGGCUCCUGCCAUACAUCACCAUCAUGGCCUCGACCGGGCCAUUGUUUCUGAGUGUGAUUUGGAAAAAGUGGAUGGGGGAACACGCUCAUCUCGAUCCCCAGAACUGGAUUGGCAGAGUCAGGGUGCUCAUGCCGGAUGAGUACAACAAACACUCGUGGUCCUUUUUCAAGACCUACAAAGGCUCAAGCUGGCAUGGCAAGGAUGCAAGGUUGAUAUUCUGGAUGGGCAAGAACUGGGUAUUGCUUACCGUGCUGGGAUUCCUCCUCGUCAUGACGGUCGGCUUCUUGACCUGGUUCAUCUACUCGCGGCUGCUCAUUUGGAGUGCGAGGAAGAGGACAGCUAGGGGCAGUCCUCGAGUCGUUGCGUUUAGAUUCCCUGGUGCUGCCAAGAUGCCGCUUUGGCGGAUGUGGACCGGUGGAUUGGGAACGAAGAAGCAGACGUAUGAGCUGGUCGCUCAACAUGAUGCAUGACCUGCUGCCGUGGUUGUGCGUGUGGGCACCACUCAAUACUCUUCAAUGUGAAGUGGACUCCGUUCUGCGCCAUUCAUCUUCUGGAGCAGGAUUAUUGGAAAUUCGACGGAGUCUUACGGGGGCGAUCAUUGGUUGGCAUACAACUGCAUUGGUCUUUUGCGAGCGAAGGCGUUCAGGCGAGAAGAAAAGAAACAAGCUGCCCAUGUUUUCAGAAGGGCAAUCGGAUGGCUCUUGUGGUAGACAGCACGUCCGGGGUAAUGAGAUGGGGUUGCCUUGAUGCAUUUAUCAGCCUUCACCUGGUGUGUCCAGCUUUUCUUACUUUUGGACAAGGCUCCGGUGAUAUAUGGCACACUUUACGAUAUUGUAAUAAGACAUGUAUUUUCUUUAGAGAACGGGCGAACAGUGGGAGGAAAGGCACAAUCUACCAUUACUGGAUCGAGAUGCGAGGUGGAUGCUCGAGUAUCAUCUCGGCGUGCUUGAACAUGCCGAUGUAUUUUGCACCAAUUUCCUUUAUUCGAUUGCUUUGAUAACCCCGGCGACCCUGUUUAUCUUUC